AUGGCGAACAGAAGAAUUGUUUUACUACCAACGAAUGCAAUUGAUGCAGCAACUGAGCUGAAAGUGUUUGAUUUAUGCCACCCGUCCAAUAAUUCUAGCAAGGCAAGAGUGAAACUUUUCGCUUGUGGUGCAGAAGACACAACUCAAAUCUAUCGGUUGGAGAAGUACAGUUUCAGUCAAGGCGGUAGAUACACGGAAGUGAGCGAUUUGGCAAACGAAAAGUACCACUACACGGGGGAAGGCGACCCUGUUAAGUCGAUCAUUAUAGUUAAUGAACAAGAUAGGUCCGACGGGUAUGUUAUCGAGGACAGUACAUUCGACAUCAGUAACAAGUACGACGUCACGUUCAAUUUGAUUUCGAAGUACUACAAGGAUAGCAUUUCAGCUGAUGAGGCAGAGUAUACUCGAAGAAAUAAUCAUUCUAAAUCGUCGGAGAUUCGCGACAAUAACUUUUUAACAGCAAGGGACUAUCAUGACGCGCUCAUCGAAACAUCGGACGCCAAUUGGCAAUUCGUCCCAAGGAUUGUACUUCAAGGAGCACUGGAACGUAUCUCCGACACUGUCACGGAGGCAGGCGACCAAUAUUACAAGAUAACAGAAGAAAGAAUCAUUUCGUUCUUGGUCCAGAGAGUAGAAAAGAUUGUAGAGAGCUUCCCCAGCAGCCUACCGAUCCCGAUGGACUACCCUGAGGACAUCCAAAAAGCCAUGAAACACGUCAUGGCAUGUCAACUGCUGAUAUCUUUACUACCGGUGCAAACGUACCGGAAACUGGUAGAGCAGCCCCCAAUGGCUGCCAAUUUUGAAAGCUACAGCACGUAUAGAACGCAGAUAUCGUCAACUGUGAAGGAGCGUGAAUUGCUGACUGAAGCCGCGGUAAAUGCUGGUCUUGGUAAUGGCAACGCACCCCCGAAUAAACCCGUGGGUAAAACGGCAAAGAAGGUUGUUGUCCCAAAGAAGAAAGUCACCGUGGGGAAGGGUGCCAUUGACGGGUUCUUCAAGAGACAGUCAAAAUCGUAA